UGGGCAAAAGCUGUACUCAGGUUUGAGCGUAUUAGAAGCCAGCUUCAAGAUCAAACAGAGGUAUCCCAUAGCCUUUUUGGUCUAACAGGGUUCUCCAAAAUGCCAAACAACAUCAGCACAGAGGAGUAUGUGAAUCCAGGGCUGCUGAAGGUGCGCAAGCUAUGGACUGGGUUGCUGACUAUGGCUGCAGUCUCAGUUGUCUCCAUGUUCUUCCUGGUGUGGAGUGAUGGCAGACCUGACAUCAGGGUCCCAGAACCAGAAGCAUGUCAAGUACUGUCGAGCAGCCUAACAGAAUCUUUCCUGAAGAGGGUGGAUGAGGUCUGGAGCCUGAGCCACCUGAAGUUAAUGCAGAGCUGCCGCUGGAAUUUCAAUGCUAGUGCAUUGGCCCAAUACAGGGCAGAGCUGGGGCACUGCUGCAAUGCCUCAGCAUGGCUAGCUUUGACGCAAGUCAACACACCGUUGGGGUCCAAUAUUGUCUAUGAUGGGUACCGCUCAAAGAGCUUGAAAGUCAGCAGUGGCUUGCUGGAGAUCCUGCCGGAGGAAUCCCCCUUUCAGGAGCCUUUCUACAAAACCUGUGCUGUGGUGGGAAAUGGAGGAAUCCUCCGUAACAGUAGCUGUGGCUCUGAAAUUGAUGAGCACCAGUUUGUAAUCAGGUUUAACUUGCCUUCCAUGGACUUUCCUGAGGACGUGGGCAGAAAGUCAAGCAUAGUCACUGUGAAUCCCAGUAUCCUUCAGAAACGGUUUCAUGGUCUGAAUGGUCGGCGCCUGCCAUUUGUGAAGGCAGCAGCUAUUUAUGGAGAGACUUGGUUUCUCAUUCCAGCUUUCUCCUAUCCUGGCCAGAAUGAAGCUUCUUACCGAGCACUCUAUGCCUUGCAGGACUCUGGCUCCCGCUCACCUAUCUUCUUCUUCCACCCUCAGUAUCUAAGUGCUCUGACAAGGUACUGGCACGAACAUGGUUUCCAUCCCACUCGCCUCUCCUCAGGUUUCAUGCUAGUGAAUGCUGCCCUGGAGUUAUGCCAACAUAUUACACUCUAUGGCUUCUGGCCCUUUUCUUUGCAUCCUGAUGGUCAUCCCCUUCCCCAUCAUUACUACGACAACCAGCUUCCCAAUCCCAGGAUGCACCUCAUGCCCCAAGAGUUUGCUUGCUAUGUAAAUAUGCACUUCCAGGGUGUGCUGCAGCUGCAUGUGGGGAAGUGCUAAGAAAGGGUCAAGACAAACAUAAAGCCAAAUGGGGCCCAAAGAGCAUUACUACUGACCAUUCUGAGGUGUUCUGAUGGGAGCGCACAGACCUGGCUGCAAACCCAAAACUCUGAGGAUGGAAAAUACAUCCUCUGUGUUCUGCCUGCCCUGUUCCAGUAGAAGGUCACCGUUCUGUAAUCAGCAUUGGCAUCAGAUCAUUUUCAUUCUUGUUUAACUAAGAGUCACUAAUUGCCAUCUGUUAGUGCUUGAUAAUAAUUAAAUUCCUAGUUAAUAACC